AUGUGGGUGAUAUUCAGUGCGCAUGCACCACAACAACUAACAGCCCAGCCAGCCGACAAACAGCUGAGGGACUCGACGAACCUCCUUUAUAAAUGGAAGGAUAAUCUGAGCGAUACUUCUCAAUCUGGUCAGGUAAGUUUUGCGAAUUUUUGCGUUCCUCUUCAUAGGUUUCUUUUCGUAAUAUCAAUGGCGUCACUUUUCCUUCCUUCGACGCCGAAGUCCACAUCUGCAUCUACGCCUGCGUCUGAGAAAUCGCAGACACCCGGAAAAUGGCGGCAUCCGCAACUGGAUGAGAUUGUGCGGCGACAACAAGCGGGGACUUUCGGGGAUCGCAACGCCAAAAGACUCAUGUGCAAUGGCGGUGCUUUAUUGGCAACUUGGACUUUCGGGUCUACCUUCAAAUCCUACUCUCGUUGGAUCCAGACGAAGACUGAGAUUCCCACAUACGCUGAUUUGUCGCUACUUAUCAUGCAAUUAAUCUUCCUUCUCAACAUACUCGUCGCAUUAUACCCCCUUUUCCGACCGAAAGAUAAUAUGUCCGACAUCCCUCUUACCCCGACACAACGGACCCUUCUUGGGCUUGAUCCGUCAACAACAUCCUCUUCGGCCCCAACGACAUCAUACGUGACCCCUCCGAAAUACCGCGUAUCCUCCGGGUCAAGGACAGCAAGUCCAGCCAGCCACUCUGGCUCACCGUUAUCUACAAGUGCGAGCGCCUCAAGCCUUCGGUUUUCGUCAGGCACGCCCUUUUCUCCGUCUCCCAGUCCACUAUUACACAAGAUGGUUGCAAACGGUGGCAGGGAAAAUGUACGCAGGCAGAGCUUCGGCUCAUCCUCACCGCUCAACCGGGGUUCUUCUUUCAAAGAGUCAAUUGUUAUGCCGGCCACCCCUUCUCCCGCCGGAGGAAAGAGGGGGAGUUUGGGAGUAAGCAAUAAGUGGUUGUAUGAGCGAAGCAGGCGUCCGUCUCUCAGCAAUGGUAGUCUUUGA